UAUGGUGUAGGGGGUUGGUUUGGUUAAGCAUGGAAGGGAAAGGUAACGUAAGGUGUGGACAACAAGAAAAUUGAGAAAACAGAAAAAAUGGAAGGCAGUCCGAAAGGAUCGGCAAAGAGGAGUAGUUUUGUAACGCCCAUUCCUCUCUUCCACAUAAAUAUCCAUUCUCCUCUCAAGUCUCUCUUCGGAAUUUUCUCCCUCUGCUUUUUCCCCCCUUCCUCUUCCUCUUCCUCUUCCUCCUCCUCCUCGUCCUUCCAAUGCCUUUUCUUCUGCACCUUUUCACCUAAAUGCUCUUCUUCUUCGCCGUAGUGAGCUGAUGAGAAUUGUGUUUGUGGAAUUAGACACUGUGAAUUCUGUGCUGGGGUUCUGUUGAAUUGUGGUGCAACGUUUAGAAAUGGAUGAAAAUGGUGGGAUCAAGUUGAGUGGAAUCCGCCAUAUUGUGAGGCUGAAAGAGACUUUCCAACACUGGCAAGGCGUCACAGUUUGCCCGAAAUCCAAAGCAGCAGCCCAUGAAAAUGGAAGCCAAAAUCAAAAUCAAAAUCAAAAUCAUGGGAUCCUUUCACCAGCAAUCAACAAAAGGCUGACGAAUGUGUUGUGUUGUGAUUCGGAUGAGGAGAGCUGCCAGAGCCCUGAGCAUCCACCCGAUGUCCCGAAAGGGUACUUGGCUGUUUAUGUUGGGCCGGAGCUUCGGAGGUUUAUCAUUCCCACCAGCUAUCUUAGUCAUUCGGUGUUCAAGGUGUUGCUGGAAAAGGCAGAGGAGGAGUUUGGAUUCGAUCAUUCCGGCGGGCUCACAUUUCCUUGCGAGAUCGAGACCUUCAAAUACCUUCUCCAGUGCAUGGAGAGCCAGCAGAAGGAUCAUCCUGAUGACGACACCACAGCUGAGAGUUCUUUGACCAUGGAAGGAUAAAAAUGGUUGUGAUCCAUAGCCAGAGGGGGCUGUGUUACAAAGCCAAAUGGAUGUCACUGUGCCAAAUUUCUAUAUUGUGAAAUUGGUGUGUUGUGGUUUUGGUUUAAGAGUCAGAAACAUUAGGGAUGUGUUUAUUUAGUUAGAAAAAGAAAAAAAAAAAAGUGGAGGAUGUGUGUGUCAGACAAAUUAAAAUGUACUUUUUUUUUUCUUUUUUUUCUUUUUUUUUCUCUCUUUUGGGAAUACCCUUUCAAGGAUGUGAACUUCAAUUUGCUUCCCUGUAUUUGAAUGUGAAGCACAUGAUUGUUUGACCAUACAAUAUGAAUUUUAUUGCAUUGUUUUAUUUAUUUA